AUGUUCAGUCUAAAGCUCCUUCUUGUGGCAGCAGUCCUUGUGGGCGUGGCUCGAGCCACAUUUAUCAUACAGCCAGUGCCUCAGAAACCGGUGGAGACGUCCACCAAUUGUAAGAUCUACCUGCGGAAUCUUAGCUGGGCUCUCGAGGAUUGCGUCUGCCGAUGCUUUCAGAACGAAUGUUUAAUGGCAGAGAGGAGCGCUGAACGGGAGAAGGCUGGCCAGACUCCUCUUGUUCCCGUUUCUGAGGAGGUUUGCAAGAAGUUCAAACAGAAAAAGUGCCUCCCCGGAUGGCCUGUGGUGGCCUACUUCCCUAUUCCCUCACCCUGCGGCUGCAAUGGCAAGCCAGGAAGCCUCGAGAUCAAGAAAUUUAAGAGUUUGUGUCUACUAAACAAAUACUCAAUGGAGUGUUCGAAACCCUACAUCAGCGUGUCUAAGUGCUAA